CAAAUUGGGGGAGAACUGAGGAAAGCAAAGCCACUUUCCCCUCCUCCUCUCUUUUUUAAUUGAAACACAAAUCCCUCCCCCUUUUGGAUUUCUUAUCCUUGGAGCGAUUAGGGGGCUGCUUCCAAGGGCGAGCAAUGCAAAGCCUGCCUGAAGCAGGAAUAAAAAUGGAGGAGCAAGACCUGAAUUGGGUGACAGGUAGAAUCCAGGUUCCUCUGGCUGGGGUAGCUCUGCAGCGGAUUAAGCAAGAGCCAGGCCAGGGUCCACCACAGGGCUGGGAAUCUCAGUGGCAGAAGUGUCUGCCACUGCAGAUGCAGGCCCCACUUUCAGGGUGGAAAAGCUUGCAGGUGCCUCAACACAGGUCCAUGGGAGAUCAUAAGGAUACCCAGGUCUCUUUCAGCAGGUGGCCUGGUAGAAGGGAAGAUUCUCCUGUGAAAGUGAAGGAAGAGAUUCUGGAUGAGGAUGCUGCCAGCUUGGAGAUGCGGCGCCAAAGCUUCAGGCAGUUCUGCUACCUGGAGACUGACGGCCCUCGAGACGUGUGCAAUCAUCUCCAGGAACUCUGCUAUCGGUGGCUGAAGCCAGACAGACACACCAAGGAGCAGAUCGUGGACCUGGUGGUUCUGGAGCAGUUCCUGACCAUCCUGCCCCAGGAGAUGCAGAGCUGGGUCUGGAAACGUGGUCCAGGGAACUGCACGGAGGCUGUGGCUCAGGCGGAGGAUUUCUUGAUGAAGAUCCACCGGGAGGCCAUGAGAACAGAACAAGAGAUGCCUGGCCUUUCAGAAGAAGGGCCUGUUAACUUGCCAACGUUGGAGCAGAAUUCAUCUCUUGGAGCAGAAAUCCAUCUCUUGCUGGAAGCCAAGCAAGAGGGUGAUGAUGGGGAGACCAGGUUGGUGGCAGGUGAUAUGCAAGUGAGGAUGAAGGAGGAGGAUCUUGAGCUGGAAAGACUUGACUGCAUGAACGUUGACACAACAUCAUUGAAAAGUGCUGAAGGCCUAUCCCUCCAGGCCACUGAGGAGGAAGUGAGGGAUAUAGGUCAGCACAGACCCAUACAUCACCAGGAAGUCCCUCUGGGAACAGCAGCAGAACACACUGCUCACGCCAAGGAAUGUGAUGAAAGGUCCUUCCAAGGGAGGAUUCGUGGGUAUAAGAGAGAAAAGAUGGCCUCUGACACUGGGAAAAGCCUCUCCCAGAACUUGGUCCUUCUCAAUCGACAGAGAAUACAAAAGAGAGAAAAGCCCUUCAAAUGCUCAUACUGUGGGAAAAUCUCAAACGGAAGGACAAACCUGAUGAUACACGAGAGGACCCACACAGGGGAGAAGCCCUACGAGUGCUCAGAAUGCGGGAAAAGCUUCAGCACCACCUCGAACCUCAUAAACCACAAGAGGGUACACACGGGGGAGAAACCAUACACAUGCUUGGCUUGUGGACAAAGCUUCAGCCAUAACGCAUCCCUGAUAAGACACAGGAGGACCCAUACAGGGGAGAAGCCGUACGAGUGCUCAGACUGCGGGAAAAGCUUCAUUCAGAAAGGAGAACUGAUUGCGCACAAGAGGACCCACACUGGGGAGAAACCGUACGAGUGUGCCGAGUGCGGAAGAAGCUUCAGCACCAGCUCUCACCUGAUAAGGCAUAAGAGAGUCCACAUGGGCGUGAAGCGAUGGAACUGUGUAGACUACAGCAAAGGCUUCCAUCGGAAACUCAGCCUUAUGAAGCACAAGGGGACAUACACUGAAGAGAAAUAAUAAAAGUAUAGAGGAAGGAUGAGGGAACCUGUGGUUCUCCAGAUGUUUGGGACUCCCACUCCCACCAGUCUAAGCUAGCAUGACCCAAUGUUUGGGAAUGAUGGGAGCUGUAGUCCAGCAAUAUCUGAAGUGUCACGGGUUGUCCAAGAAUAUGGGUAGAGGGCUUCAGGUAGAAAUCCAUAUUGUCUUGUUUCCACGAUGGAGGUGGACAGAGAGAGGCUGUGAUUAGCAGCUCAGGAAUAGCUUGGUCCUUACAGUUUCUAAAAACAUACAAAUAAUGUGUGCAAACAUAAUUUUUCCAAUCUUCUAACCAUGGUUGUAGAUCAAUAUCAUGCCACAGAUUCCCUCCCCAACUCCUCUAUAGUACACCCUGCUUUCUUCCCUCAGUGGACUUAACCAUAGCUCAGGAUUGUGUCUACCUGUAGCUCGUGUUAAUCAGGAUUUGCACACCUGCUUAAGAUUCUGGUUGCAAAGUCUUGUCUGAAGAUAACCAUGGUUAGAAUUACCUGUAGUGCUGUUGUCAAUGUAACACGGCACCAUGGUUAGCUCUAAAAAAAGGGAGGAGG